AUGACUUGGACUCCCAAACGCACCCUCGAGGAAGUAAAUGCCCUUCUGACAGCCCCUGGGGCUACGCAUGAACUCGAGACGCGUCUCGUGAAUGGGCGCCUCCAGCGCGUUUAUAGAAACCAAUGGCCUUCCCUUCGAGUGUUCUGGCUAUGGGCAGUCUCUCAACAGAAGGAUAAUAUCUACCUUGUCUACGAGAAGCAGCGUUACACCUUUGCUCAAGUUCAUGCUCGUGCUACCAAAGCGGCCUCAAUGCUUCGCCAUGUCUACAAUGUCCGCAAAGGUGACCGGGUGGCAAUCUGUGCCAGGAACUAUCCCGAAUAUCUGGUCGUCUUCUGGGCUUGCCAUCUCAUUGGCGCAGUGAGCGUGCUGGCAAAUGCGUGGUCCCCGUUGGAGGUUCUUCAGCAUUGCUUGAUCCAUACCCAGUGCAAGGUUGUGGUCCUGGAUCCUGAACGCGCUGAUCGCUUGGAGCCGGGUAUCUCACGGCUUUCAACCGAAGCCGGAACGACAGGGGUACUUGUCAUCGAGGCUCAUGAAGGCAAAGGUCGUUGGAAUGGCAUGCACAAGUGGGAAGAUGCAUUGAAUGCGUAUGUGGGACCCCUUGAUGCAAUCACCUCUGAUCCUGCGGUUGGCCCAGAAGACAACGCUUCGAUUUUGUUCACUUCUGGAACGACUGGGAUGCCAAAGGGGGUCCUCAGCACUCACCGUCAGUAUCUGACCAAUGUCAUGAACAUUUCUAUCGGGAGCCUUCGAGCAGCUUUGCGCCGAGGUGAAACACCUUCAGCAGGACCUGUACCGGGCCCCCAGAAAGGAAUCUUAAUUUCGGUUCCCCUGUUCCAUGUGACAGGAUCCACGAGCCUGGCAGUAUGUACUCAUGACCCGGAAAGGCGCUCAAGUGACCUGACGCGGCUACAGAUGCUGGGCACCCUUACCGGGAUGAAAAUUGUUCUGAUGAGAAAGUGGAUUCCCGAAGAAGCUGCACGUCUGAUCAAGGAGGAGAAUAUAACGGUCGCUGGAGGGGUUCCCUCUAUGGUUUCAGACCUUGUCGAUAGCUCAAGCGCCGGGCAGCCAUUAGAGGCGCUCAUGUUUGGGGGUGCACCGGCCCCGAACUCACUUCCCCCGAGGGCCCAUAAGGCAUUCCCCAAUGCGGCUUUGAGUCAAGGAUAUGGGUUGACCGAGACCAACAGUGUCGCUGUCGGCGUAGCCGGAGAGGACUAUUCUGCACGUCCGACCACAUGCGGUCUAGCGACUCCGGUCAACGACGUUAUUAUCGUCAAGGAUGGGGUUGUUCAACCGCCGAACGCUAUCGGCGAAGUCUGGAUUCGCGGCCCAAACGUGAUGCAAGGUUACUGGAACGACCCUGUGGCUACUGACAAGGCCUUGACGAAGGAUGGCUGGCUACUUACAGGAGACUUGGGCUACCUUGACGAGGAAGGCUUCCUUUACAUCCGAGAUCGCAUCAAGGACAUCAUUAUCAGAGGGGGUGAAAACAUCGAUUCGGUUACCGUGGAGAAUGCUCUGUACGCGGAUGAAUGCGUUCUAGAGGCUGCUGCAGUCAGUGUUCCCGACGCACGUCUGGGCGAGCUGGUUGCAGCUGCAGUCACGAUCAAACCUCCUUACUGGGGCAAGGUCACCGAAGCAGAAUUGGUGAAGCAAGCAGCCAAGUCCUUGCCCAAGUUCGCUGUUCCUGUCAUCAUCGUUGUCCAGAGCGAGCCAUUCGAGCGCACACCAUCAGGCAAGAUUCUCAAGGGUCAGAUACGGGACAUUGUGCGAGAAGCUUGGAAGAACCGUCUAGCGGCUAGUGGAGGGGGUGCAUCAGCUAAACUUUGA